GUUCAAUCUGAAAUGGCUAACCCUAGGGUCUUCUUCGACACAUCGGUCGGCGGUGCUCCCGCUAGUAGAAUCGUCAUGGAGCUCUACGCCGAUGUCACCCCUCACACUACGGAGAACUUCCGUGCUCUUUGCACCAGAGAGAAGGGAUCUGGCCGGAGCGGCAAGGCCCUGCACUUCAAGGGAUCGUCCUUCCACCGUGUGAUCCCAGGAUUCAUGUGUCAGGGUGGUGAUUUCACCGCCGGAAAUGGUACCGGUGGCGAGUCGAUCUACGGAUCCAAGUUCGCCGACGAGAACUUCGUCAAGAAACACACUGGAGCUGGCAUUCUGUCCAUGGCUAACGCUGGACCUAACACUAACGGAUCUCAGUUCUUUAUUUGCAUUACGAAGACCGAGUGGCUCGAUGGAAAGCACGUGGUUUUCGGACAGGUGGUUGAAGGGAUGGACGUGGUGAAGGCAAUCGACAAGGUUGGUUCUGCUAGUGGAAGGACAUCCAAGCCAGUUAUGAUCGUUGAUUGCAAAAAGUACAGAGCGUCCCUCUUCAGUUGCAGCACUACAGAGUACAGAGAACACAGUCAUCAGAAAUGCUUAUUCCAAAUACGAUUUUGUCAAGGAUUUUAA